AUGGAAGUGAUGGAAAUCGCUGGAAAAUAUCCACUAAGAGCUCCAAUAACUCUUGCUCUCGAAAUGGAGUUCAUAGGGGUUGGAUGGAUUAGUUUGGGCAAUGAUCCUAUGGCCUCCAAGGCUAAGUUUGGGGGUGCCAACUCGAGCUCGAUCGAGUUGGGUGUAAAAACCAGAAAAGUGGUCUUUUGGAGCAUUCUGGAGCAUAUGGGACGUGAGGAGCAUGGAGGACUUGGCAUGGACAGCUCAACGCAUGCAAAGGAGAAGAAGGAAGCCAUCUUGAAGACCAGCUCGACCAUCUACUCGACCAACCGGUCGAGUUCCUCAACUCGACCGGCCAAGCUUCAACUCGAUCGAGCUGAGAAGUCAAAGUCAAACCCGAAAAAUGUUGCUUCCCCCUUGACUUCCUUUGACCCUAAACCUAAUCCUCUUUGUAUUUAA